AUGAAUGAAAAUUUCCAACAAAUACAUCAAUUAUUCGAACAAUUACGACAAUCAUUAAUAAAGACUUCAACACAUUCACCAGAAUCUAUUUUAAAUAAUCUCGCAAAUACUUGUUCGAAUUUAAUUAAAUUAGAAUGGUUAACUCCUAUUGAUACUCUUGAUAUGUUUGAAUAUAUGUUAAAAAAUUGUCUUGAACUACUUGAUAUGACUCAAUUUAUUGAUAUUAUCGUGCAAUAUUAUACAACAUCAUGUCUGAAUUUUUUUCAUAAAAUUUCAGCUUCAUUUAAUAAGAUCUGUGAAUUUAAUUUAAUUGAUAAUAUGACAUGUAAAGCUCGACAACAAAUGUAUUACCGGUUACUUGAUCAACUUAGUGCAUCAACAAGAAUGGCUUGUUUUCUUAAAAAUGAUCUAUCAUUCGAAUCUACGGAAAUCGAUCAUCUUCAACGAACAAUUACCAAUUUUUGUGGAUCUCUACUAAUUAUAAUUCUACGAUAUUUAGUACUCUUACAUGGAAGAUGGAUAAAUAUUGAAUUAGAUAAAUAUCAAAAUACGAUUUUUAUACCAUUUAUGACUUUUCUUGAUAAAUGUUUUACUAUAAAUAAACAUUUGCAUAACAAAAUAUUAGUCACAGAAAUAUUAAUUUUUCUGUUGAGAACAAGUAGUAAAACACAAACAAUUCCGAUAUUUAUUCAUAUUAAUUAUAUACAAGCAUGUUUACGAUGGUCAUCGCUUCCGUAUUUGACUGGUUAUGAUUAUUUAUAUAUUCUUGGAAUUUUAUAUAAUAUCGCACGUCAUGAUGAUGGAUUAAUGUUGCUUAGUAGUGGUGAAUAUGAUAAAAUUUUAUAUCAAUUUCGACCUGAAAUAGCUAAUACAAUGAUUAUUUUUAUUCUAUAUCAUGAUACACUUCGAACAUUUUAUCUUAACUAUUUUAUGAUGAUGAUUUUAUGUUUUAAUAAAUUCGAUAAUUAUGAUAUAAAUACAUUCGUAACUGAUUAUUUAAUACCAACAAUUUUAAAUGCUAGUAUGUCAAGUACAAAUGAAGAUCUCAAUUUUCAUCUUUCAGAAUUAUGGAUUAUUAUAAUGAAAUUAUGCACAUGGAAUAAUUAUAUUGAUCAUAUUCUACAGAAUAAUGAAUUUCCAACAUUUUUCGCAGAUAUCUUAUCGAGUUGUUUAUAUUAUACAGAGAAUACACAAUUAGAUGAUAUUUCAAAUCGUGUAACUGUAAUGGCUUUAAUAAAUAUCUUAUGGAAUAUUUCAUUUCAUGAUCGAUAUAAAAUCGUAUUAAUAGAACAUACUGAAUUAAUCAAAAGACUUGAACUAAUACGUUCAACUGAUACAGUCGAUAAAGUCGUACAUAAUAUUUAUAUACCACGUUAUAUACCAUCAUUAAGACGGGCUAUUGAUGGUCUUUGGCAUAAUUUAUAUCCUUUAUCACUUGUAAAAUCAAAUAACUUAACGUCCAUAUCUAAUAAACUAGUUCAUUCGUUAGUUAUUAGUUAUUCUCAGGUUGAUAUUACUUUUUGUCGACAAAUUUAUGAUAUAUUUAAUAAACUACCUCAAUUGUCUAUAUCCGUCGAUUUUAACAAUGGCAAAUAUCUAUGGAAAGAAAUAGCCGAAACUAUUGAACAAUCACAUCUUAUUCUAUUUCUUAUAUCCAAAGAUUUCUACAAUAGUCCAGCAUGUCGCCAAGAAUUUUUCUAUGCUAUAUAUACAUUGAAAAAAAAGUUUAUUCCAGUAUUUAUUAAUACUGAUUAUCAAGCAAGUAGUUGGCUGAGAAGUCCAUUAACUAGAUCAAAGCAUAUCCGUUUUGGUAACGAAGAUUUUAUGCAUACUUGUGAUGAAUUAUUAUCAAUGAUCAAUGAAUAUCUUUCUAUCAAAAUACCACCUAUAUCAACACCUAAAAGUUUAUCCGAUGCUAAACAAUGGAAUAAUCAAGAUGUUCAACAAUGGUUUAUUAGAAAUAAUAUCUUAUCAGAAUUAUAUGAUUUUUAUCAAUUUCAAAAUGGAAAUGAAUUAUUAUUAUAUGGUCAAGCAAUAUCUUCAUCUACUUGGAUAAAUGAAUAUGGAAGAAUAAAAUUACGAUUCGAAGAAAAAUAUAAACAAAAAAAUCAACAACUUUCUUCAUAUGAUUUUUCGAAUUUUAUCAGUGCAUUAGAACGUUUAAAGAAUAAGAAUAUUAGCUCAAUUUAA